AGUAAUUUGUAAUCUGUAAUAUUCUGUCAAUUGUCAUUUGGGCAGUGCUUUCGAUUUCAAAAAUUUCAAUUUAAUCCAAGCUAAAAAAAACCUUUUUUUUUGUAUUGGAACAUAAAUUAACCCGGCAACGAUGUCUUUUAACAGUGAUUUUCGACAACUAUUAAAACCAUACUAUUGGGUUAACAUAUUGCUAAGUUUAUCGUACGUUCUCUGCAAGCGUACAUCCAUUAUUUGUAAUUAUGUAUUUCCGGAGAGUGACUGCGAAUUGGACAGCCGUGAAACGGAAAUAUUAUUUUUCCUAAUUAUAGUGAUAAUGUUGAGGACGAGAAAAGCGGGAAGCGUCACGAUGGUGAACUAUCUGUCGUCUUCGUUCGUUUAUACCAAGAUUGCGAACUUAAUUCUGUGGUUCUACGCCGACAUUAGGUACGGUCUUCCCUAUGCAGCCGCGAUCAUACUCCUGGCUCUGCUCCUUCCGGAGCCAACGUAUACAGGACCGGAACACGUCACCUACUUCCGAGGACCCGAGUCCUUGGAGGACGAGUUGAAACGCAACAAGCACGCCACCUGGGUCGUGUGUCUGUACGCAGCAUGGCACCCGGCCUGCGUGAAUUUCGCACCGGUCUUUGCUGAGCUAUCUUCAAGCUAUAGUCUGGAUAAUUUGAGGUUCGGCAAGCUGGAUGUUGGGAGGUACCCUGGUUCCGGUCUUAAAUAUAAAGUGCAGGACGGGCCGACGAGUCGGCAGCUGCCCACGGUGAUGGUCAUGAGCGAGGGCCGGGAGAAGAUGAGGAGACCGCAGCCCGACAGCACUGGGAAACUUCAGAAGUUUCUAUUCUCGAAGGACAAUAUGAAAGCGGCGUUUGAUCUCGACGGUCUGUACGCGGAGUGCAAAGAGAAACUGGCCUCCUUCAGACAGAAUAAGAAGGAUGAGUAGACCGCCACAGCGCAGGUCUUAUUACUGCCCAAUUGCAACCCGUAGGAACCACACCCGCAGACCCUUGAAGAUAUGUGGUUUCUCCUUCUGUAGUUUUUGGCUCCGGCACGGUUUGUGAAUUAGCCAGUGUCAAAUAAUAAGAUUUUUAUAAUUCGCCGUUUUAAUUAUUUAACAGUUUAUGAAUACUAAAUGAUGACCGAUUUUUUGAUAACGCCCUCUUGUUGUGUCUUUAAAGCGGUUAGUUGCCCUCAAUUAAGAAAAAUAGUAUUAUUAUUCGCCAAUAGAUGUCGGGAAGAGUUGAUUAUUGAAAACACGAAUAAAACAACGUUUUCUGAAAAUAAAUCGUAGCUAGAUCGAUUUAUCGCCCCCGAAAUCCCCUGUAUACCAAAUUUUAUGAAAAUCGUUGGAACCGUUUCCGAGAUUCAGAUUAUAUAUGUAUAUAUUUAUAUACAAGAAUUGCUCGUUUAAAGGUAUAAUAAGAUUAAAAUACGAAGGAAACUUAACCAAUUGGCAUGAAAUUUAAUGAAAUGACAUGAGACGAUAUAGGAUGAAAUAUAAUAUUGGUUGUAUCGUCAGUCGCUCACAUCUAUAAAAUAUCAUCUAUAGUAUCAUCUACACGGCUUCUCUCCUCCUCCUCACCUUUUUUUCCUCAUUACUGAGGGUCGUGACUCCCCCGCUGCAUCAGCUUCUCCCGCACGAUUUCCCUCAAUCUGCUGCGAUCCUUAGUUUAGGGCAUUGUGGAAGUUGAUGUUCAGAGAGGAUCGUAUUUGGUCUGACCAUCUCCUGGGAUUGCGUCUUCUGGGACGAUUGUCAUCUACCUUGCCUGUAAAACCUGCAACUGGCUUCUAGUGACGCCGUUAUUGUCAGUGUCGAGUGUACAAAAAUCUUGAAUUAUUAAAUGCAUGCGUGUCUUUAUAUAAAAAAUUAUAUUAGGUUGAUUAGUUUGAGAGUUUGAUUGAGUUAAAUAAAAUCUUAGCAAAAUUGUGGUUAUUUAGUAAGACUCAAAUGGACUUUUUGAGGGAACUUAAAUUGUCUCCCGAUUUUGUUUCAUUUUCCCACACUUUUGGGUUGUGCUUUCACAGAUACGUUAGGAUUAAUAAGCUCCUUUUUCCCUACUUAUUUACUGGUAGCUUAAGAGCCUACUCCAGAUACGCCUGGACUGGUAGGUGAGCUUACGGGCUCAACCUGAGAUAAUUUGCUAACACUGGCCCUGGCAAGAGCAGUAUAGUAAUCGGCAAACUUCUUGAGCAAAUGACCUUGACUGCGCAGAACCGAAUUUUAGGUCACUUUGGUGGUGAGGGUGAGGCGCGAAAAAUUAAAACAAACUUCGGAAGCAACAAAAACAUCAGUGAGUACUGUUAGGUGCAUUAUUAACGAAGCUAAAGGCUCUGGCUUGCUCGCCGUGUUUCGGACUCCGGGUAAGAAAAGAUCAGGGAAGAAGAAAGUUACCGGAAUGGAUAGUUUCGUUCAAUCUGUAAUAAAAAGAUGUAAUCAUAAUAACUACAUAACAAGCAGCGAAACUCCGUACCGUAGAAAGGCUUCGAAGAAUUUAAAGAAGAUAUAAAUUUUAAUGGCUCGGAACGAAGCUUACGACGAAUUAUGAAAGAGCUAGGCUUCAGAUGGAAAAAAAGAACAGAAAAUAAUCGGAAGCUGGUAAAUGAAAAAAGUAACAUUCGAUUACUACGAAUCGAAUAUCUUCAAAAAAUAAUUAAUUAUAGACAAAAAAGAAGACCGAAUCGACCGAGUUGUAAACUACGCCGAUGAGCCCUAUGUCGACUCAUCACGAUGAUAGCGACUCGGGUGAUGAAAACAGUGAUGAUGAUGAUGGUCAAGAUUAUGAUAACGAAAAAAAAAUUACAAAUACCAGCUUCGCUUUAACUGAACCAAGACCUGGCAACAGCUCUAGUUUUGACUUAAUAGAAGGAAUAUCUAUUUUACCCCAAGAUUAAAUUAUUACAAUUAUUAACCUAUAUGUUUUGUUGAUGUUCUAAUAAAUAUAUAAAUAAAUACAUAUGUUGAUUUUAAUAAUUUAAUAGCAUUAUGACGCAGAGUAAGUAAUGUUUUUGCACGUGAGUGUACCAUGCGCAAACUUACCCCCACUACGUCAACAAAUGCUCAAGAAGUUUGCCGGUUAUUAUAUUUUGAAGAAUCUGCCAACUGAUCGAAAUCGUAACCCACUGAAAACACCCGGCCCAAAACUCUGGUUUUUUUUUUUUUUUUUUUAUGAUUGUAAGAUUACUGGUGGCCCGGAGGCCUUUCCAGCUUCACCAGGACAGGUGGGCGAGCAAAGGCUCAGCCAGGAGGGGGGGAAUUUGCUAACAACUGCCCGAGCGCCUCCGAAGGAGACCUAACAACUCAAGAGCAAUUGCUUCGCGAAUGAAUCUACUACCGGAUCGGAAUCGCGACCCACUGAGAAGAUCCGGCGAGAAACUCAGCGGGCUGAUGCAUGGGUUAGGUUGCACGUCGACCUCUUUGUCGAGUUCGACGAGUACGGUUACCGGGGUUCCUCAGCCUGCUCCUAGUGUUAGAGCUGAAGGUAUCUAAUGCAAGAGUUAUUGGAUCUGAUGGAUCCGUAAGGACGUGUCUAGGGCGACGACGGUGACUUGCUCCUGCGUAAUCAGGAUUCGGGGAGUAAUCAGCGGCGGCAACGAUAAGGCGAUUAUCAUGACGCAUAGCCUUAUCGAAGUAACGUUCCGACACUAACUUCAUGUGUUUGCGGAUCGAUUCGAGGCCCAGGUCGUCGUGAAGGUCGACGUUCCUCACGAACCACGGAGCCCCGACGGCUAACCUGCAAAAGCGGGAUUGUAGGGAUUGGAGGGUGUCUAUGUGUGUGCGGGCCGCGUGAGCGAACACCACACUCGCGUAAGUCAUGACGGGCCUUAUGCAAGUUUUGUAAAGUGUCACCUUGUUCCGAAGGGACAUUUUACUCCGCUUACAGAUCAUGGGAUAGAGUCUACCGAGAAUAAAUGCGGCACGGUCACGGACUGUUUUUAUAUGCGGACGGAAUGUCAUGGAUGCAUCCAGGGUUACUCCCAGGUACUUGACCUUCCUGGUCCAGGGUAUAGGUUGGCCGAAGAGGGUGAUCGGGGGUGUGAUAUUUCUCCUCCUAAUGCGGGAGGAAAUAAGCGGAGAGUUUCCCCUUUGAAAUAACACUGCUGUGCUUUUCGCUGAGUUGAUGUCUAUGCGCCAUUUUCGGAACCACUGUCCGAGGGUUAACGCUGCACUCUGGAGCUUACUCGCGAUUAGGGACUUGUUUCUACUUGAGUAGUAAACGGUUGUGUCGUCAGCGAAUAAGGCUAGCUGGGUCGGCGGCGACCGGGGAAUAUCAUUGACAAAUAAACUAAAUAGGAGCGGAGAAAGAACGGAGCCUUGCGGGAUUCCAGCCGUGAGUGGUCGCGGGGAGGAGCGGGUUCCCUCUAUUCGAUAUCGAAAAGAGCGGUUAGACAAGAAGUCCCGUAUGAUGAGCACGAGACUAUCCGGUACGCCCAUGUUGAAAAGUUUGAAAAUCAAACCGUUGUGCCAGACUUUGUCGAACGCUUUUGCGACGUCGAAGAAGAGGGCUCCCGUGUAGAUCGGUUUUGGUCGGUUAAGUCCCACGAGAAUGUGCUCCGUGAGGCGGUGCACCUGUUGUACGCAUGAGUGAUUUGCACGGAAUCCGAAUUGUUCAUCGAUGAGAAUGCCCUUUGAUGAGACGAAGUCUCUGAGGCGUUUGUAGAGCAGACGCUCAUACAGUUUGCCUAGAGACAUGAGGAGGCUAAUCGGGCGGUAGCUCGUCGGAUGAUUUUUUGGUUUACCGGGUUUAUGUAUGCCGAUAACGUCCGCUUCUUUCCACACCGCGGGAAAGAUACAGUUAGCCAUAGCGGCAUUAAAAAUAGAUGCCAACAUCACGAUGAGUUGGACGGGUAAAAGUUUAAUAACACGGUUAGAUAUACCGUCGGAACCGGGUGCUUUGCGAGGACGUAGGUCUUUGAUCAAGUCUUUAACUUCCAUCGGGGUGACGGGUGGUAACGCAUCCAAGGGUGGCAAGGAGGCUCUGCGUUCUACCUCACUGUCUACUAAUUCUACAUGAACAGGGUCCACGGAUUGAGUGCUGGGCGUGCACUGGGUUUGCAAUGUAUCGGCCAGCAGCUCUGCUUUUUCGUCAUCAUCGAACGCCGUGAGUCGGCCUGAGGGGCCUACGAGGGGGGGCAUAGCUACUACCGUAUCCGAUUUGAGAGUACGAGCUAAGCGGUAGUAAGACCUUUGAGAGGGCGCGAGUCCUUCUAAGAAAUCAGACCAUCUGGCAUCUCGGACUUCGGCGAUGCGAGACUUUACGUCGCGUUGUAGGGCACGCAUUCGAGUAUGAUUUUCCACGGUAGGAUACCUAUCGUAGGCGCGGAUCGAGGCGUUCUUAGCUCUAAGGAGUUCCCUAAUAUCGUCGGGCAAUUUGAAGCGGUGAAGGAAGUCCUCCGCUACAACUUGCUUCGAUGACCUAUCUAAUGUCGAGGUGAUGUGUGACGUUAAGAUGUCUAUGGCUUCAGCGGUAUCCUGAGGAGACGGGGUAGAGUCCGGGCUAAACGGGAGCGAUGGUGGAUCAGAUUCAGCCAGGCUAAUGCCCAGCGUGUGCCAAUCCACCACUGUCCUCGUGACGGGAACGGAAUCGGGAGCGCGAACUCUGGUUUAUAAGCCACAGUUAUUACACAUUUGGUUCUGAAGAAGCACAAAGUUAACAAAUACAAUGUUGCCGCUCGCGUUCCCCUUAACAAGUGAAUACUAUUUUUUUAAGGAAUUUUGUGACCUGGUAACUAAGACCUUUAAGUCAUGUCUUAUUUUUAUGAAAAAUGAUCAUAUGUAUUGAAAUGAAAUUAAAUUAAAUGAAGAUGGGAUGAAAUAUAAUCUCAGUAAAAUGAUGGUCAUUUACUGAAAUUUUUUCAGUUGACUUUUUGGAGGAUCCCGAGAAGUUACGUCCAGCGGCUUUGUUUCAUGUUCCCACAUUUGUGCACUUUCACAGAUAUUAAGUAUUGAAUAAACCACCGUUAUUACACAUUUAAAUCUGAAGAAACACUAAAUAGACAAAAUAAAUCACAACUUCACUCCUCGCGUUCCCGCCAAAAAGUCCCAGUGAAUACCAAAUAUAAGAUUUAGUGUUGCCAUGUUUUAUCGUUAAGAGUGUUGUUUUAAAUAUUUAUUGUUUUUAAAUUCUCGAAUCUCACGUAAUAAGACUUGUAAAAUGAAAAUCUUCAUUGAGGAAUCGUGUGAUGCGCAGAGAUUAACUAAAAUCACGCUGCCUCUGAUUUUGUUUUAUUGAGUUUAAUAAAUUAUUCGCAUUUUUA